AUUAAGCUUGAUCGAGAUGACAACCUCCCAAAAGCACCGAGACUUCGUGGCAGAGCCCAUGGGGGAGAAGCCAGUGGGAAGCCUGGCCGGGAUUGGCGAAGUCCUGGGCAAGAAACUGGAGGAAAGGGGCUUUGAUAAGGCCUAUGUGGUCCUCGGCCAGUUUCUGGUCCUAAAGAAAGAUGAAGACCUCUUCCGGGAAUGGCUGAAGGACACGUGUGGCGCCAACGCCAAGCAGUCCCGGGACUGCUUUGGCUGCCUGCGAGAGUGGUGUGACGCCUUCUUGUGAUGCUCUCUGGGGAGCCCCCGAUCCCAAGCCCUAGCAUUGAGUCUCCAGAGUUUGCAGCCUAGUGAGGACUCCUUCUCCGUCCUCUACAAAGGAAGAGAUUGCUGUUGUCGUGCACACCUCCCAUGUACUCCAGGGCCUUUGGGGAGUUCUCUCCCCUCACCAUUUCAACUUUUUUGGAAUUCUCACCCUUGCAUGCAUCUUCCUUCUCCUUUCCCUACCAGUUUCAUGACAAUAAUUACCAGCUUUUCUGAGUGGA